UGGAGAGCUCAUAGGAGAGAAACAGAGGCUGUAGGGGCAAUGAGCAGUCUGUCAGUGCUUUGGUGAAUCACAGUUCCUGGAUCUCCAAGGGUGUUUUUCUUGUUCUACAUGCUGCCCACUAUGUUCAGAGAGACUAAAAUAUUUAAUAACAAGUGGAGACUUUCCGGAAUCCAGAAGGUUCAUUACAACCGUUUACAGAAAGUAGUAGGAGAGUUUGGCACUGCAACUGGGAAGCUGAUCUGGCCAACCAGUGUGACAACAGCUCCUGAUGGUGACUUGGUGGUGAAAGAUAGUGGAACUGGAAACAUCCAGAUCUUCAACUCUGAGGGCCUCCCAAAGGAAAGGUUUCCCUAUGGAUUUGAACCAAUCAAAGGACUGGGAGACGUCACAUGCAUGAAGAGUGGUGUGAUACUUGUGACAAGUGGAACAAGAAUCAUCCAGCUCUUCUCAAAAGAUGGUGAGCUCAUCCAUGAGCUGAAGUCCCCAAAAGUCACCUGGCCUUAUUCAUAUGGGAUAACAGUCCUGCAGUCCAACAAAAUUGCUGUGUCAGACUGGUCCAAUGGAGGCAAAAUCAACAUCAUUGGAGUAGAUUGGAGAAUGAAUGCCAUCCUGAAGACACAAGCCAUAGAGGGAUUUCAUAGGCCAGUGCGCAUAGCUGUCAAUAAGAAUGAAGAGAUAUUAGUUACAGAAGGGCAGCUCUUUGGGAGAUUCCAGGGCUGUUGUAUCAAAGUUAUCAACAGUGAAAGAAAUCUAACACAGACAAUAGGGCCCCGUUAUGGAAAAAGAUUUACUUUUGAAAACCCUUCUGGAAUCUGCGUGGAUCAUCAUGGGAAUGUCUUUGUAUCCGAUGCAGGACAAAACUGCAUUGUGAUGUUUAACCCUGACUCUUCCCUCAGUGCUGUGAUAGUGUCUGAAGGCUUGCAAGGCCCAAGCGGUCUCUCCAUGUUGGACCAUGGGGCCUUGGCCGUAGCCGAUUGCUACAACCACUGCGUUAAAAUCUAUAAGUACAAAUAAGUAUGUUGGCAAUCUUUGUUCUGUUAAAAGGACUGACUUGAAAGAACACAAGUGUUGGCGUGUCCAUAGCCAUUAGGGAUAUUUGUUUUUCCUCUCAGUCAGCAGAGAAAUGGUAAAUGGAGAGCGUUGUUCAUUUCCUCAGAAAACGGCAGCAUUUCUUUCAUGUUCCUUAGGGCAGCCUCUCCAGGGUCAGGGAGUUGGACUCCCGCUUGUUCACUCCAUUAAAAGUUCAGAAU